AUGGCUGCUCUUUCUGAAUAUCAUGCCCAAAGGAACUCUUUAAUAGACGCGGACCUUUCUCUUAGACGUGAAUAUCGUAAUUUGCAUUCGCGCUCGUCCAAGGAGUUAGAGGCGGAUAAGAUAAUGAGGGAUAUACGUGCUUUAGAGGCCAAAACCGUCUGGACAGCAGAUUAUCCAUCAAUUCCUCACCCGUUCCCCGGAAUGGAAUUUUUGACUGGCAAGAGUAUUAUUAUGAAGACCAAGGUCUUCGAAAUUCUAAGCAAAAUGCCGAAAGGCGCGUUAUUACACGCGCAUUUGGAUGCUACAGUCGAUAUCGACUUUCUGCUCCAGUUGGCACUCAAGCAACCUGGAAUUCAUAUUCGCCUUCACAAACCUCUAUCAAAAUCGAACCUUUCGACAAAUUUACCCGAGUUUCGUAUUUUGCCUCAAGAACAAUAUUCUCAAGUGAAGAGUAUAUCAGAUCCAACGUAUUCCUUGCAAACUUGGGUCUCUUUAGUAAAUGCACGAAACUUUUUCUCGCAAGAAUUGGGUGGCAUGGAAGGAUUUGACAAAUGGCUAAUUGGUACCAUGACCAUUAAUCCGUCAGAGGCGUAUGGUACAUACAACACUUUGGCUAAGAUCUGGGACAAAUUUGGCACUGUUUUCCAAACGUCUACGAAUCUUUUCCAUAUUGAACCGAUAUUUGUUGAAUAUGUCAGGCAGUUUUUCAGGUCUAUGAUUGCAGAUGGCAUUUCUUACGUGGAAGCACGAAUUAAUUUCACUCCCAAACUAAUGUAUGGGGCAGAUGGUCAAUUAAAUGUCCCUCACCGCACGUGGCUUCAAAUAUUCGAAAGGGUGAUGAACGAAAUUAGGGAAGAAAUGAAGCAACAAAGCAGGGGUGACGAUUUUAUUGGGGCAAGAAUCAUAUAUUCAGUGGUUCGGUCUGCUACACCGGAGGAAUUGGUUUGGUAUCUAGAAGAUUGCAUAACGUUGAAAAAGGAAUACCCACACUUAGUAGCCGGAUUUGACCUUGUUGGGCCAGAAAAUGUCCUGAACCCACUCAUUUACUACGCUGAACAACUGCUGCGAUUCCAAGAACGCCAGAAGGAAGAAUCGUUAGACAUACCAUUUAUCUUUCAUGCAGGCGAAACCACAGGCGACGGGACCGAAGCAGAUUCCAACCUUUAUGACGCAAUUCUUCUUGGGACAAAACGCAUUGGCCACGGAUAUUCGCUCCACAGGCAUCCGAAGCUGGUAGAAGAGUGUAGGCAAAAAGGUAUCGCUGUCGAGGUCUGCCCAAUUUCAAACGAAAUCCUGCGAUUAACUUCUUCGAUGCCUAUGCAUCCAUUGCCUGCUUUACUAAACUACGGUGUACCGGUUGCUCUGUGUUCUGAUGACCCAGCGGUGUUUGGAAGCAUGGGUCUCACGUACGACUUUUUCCAGGUAUUUGUCGCCAGCGAGAUCACUGGACUAAGUACGCUGGGUGCACUUGCGAGAGACAGCAUUGAGUUCUCUACGCUGGAGAAGGCAGAGAAGGAGAGGGCACUGGGAGUAUUCGAAAGAAGAUGGAGCGAAUUUGUAGAAUAUAUUGUGGUAGAAUACGGGGCAAAGUGA